AGCACGGUUGGCCCGUAGGAUCCGCUCCAUAAUUGCUUACACUUUAUUAGCAGUCUCCACGCUUCACACUCGAUGCGGUGCUUGAUGGCUUACCGUUUUUCUGUCUUUUCAGACGACAUCCUUUGCGGUGCCGUGGCACAUGGAUUUCAGGACUGCCUGUGAAGAGACAAAGACAGGGAUUUGUUUGCUGCAGGAUGGUAAUCAGGAGCCUUUCAAAGUCCGGCUGCACCUAGCUAAAGAUAUUUUGAUGAUCCAGGAGCAAGAUGUGAUAUGUGUGUCUGGUGAACCUUUCUAUUCUGGUGAAAGAACGGUGACCAUUAGAAGACAAACUGUAGGAGGCUUUGGAUUAAGCAUCAAGGGGGGAGCAGAACAUAAUAUUCCAGUUGUCAUUUCAAAAAUCUCCAAGGAGCAAAGAGCGGAACUUUCAGGUCUGCUCUUUAUCGGGGAUGCAAUUCUGCAGAUAAAUGGAAUUAAUGUGAGAAAAUGCAGACAUGAAGAAGUGGUUCAGGUUCUUCGGAACGCUGGAGAAGAAGUGAACCUGACAGUGUCAUUUUUAAAAAGAGCGCCCGCUUUCCUCAAACUCCCACUGAACGAAGACUGCGCAUGUGCUCCAAGUGACCAGAGCAGUGGUACCUCCUCUCCUCUUUGUGACAGUGGGUUGCAUCUCAACUAUCAUCCCAACAAUACAGACACGUUGUCGUGUUCGUCCUGGCCAACAUCUCCAGGCUUGAGAUGGGAAAAACGAUGGUGUGACCUUAGGCUGAUCCCACUGCUUCAUUCACGUUUCUCUCAGUAUGUGCCUGGGACAGACUUGAGUCGGCAAAAUGCUUUUCAAGUCAUUGCUGUGGACGGGGUCUGCAGUGGGAUUAUUCAGUGCCUCUCUGCUGAAGACUGUAUUGACUGGCUACAAGCAAUAGCAACCAAUAUUUCAAACCUCACAAAGCACAAUAUUAAAAAAAUCAACAGAAACUUUCCCGUAAACCAGCAGAUAGUCUACAUGGGCUGGUGUGAAGCACGGGAGCAAGAUCCUCUACAGGAUCGAGCAUACUCGCCAACAUUUCUAGCCCUGAGGGGAUCCUGUCUUUACAAGUUUCUGGCACCUCCGGUGACAACGUGGGACUGGACCCGAGCAGAGAAAACAUUCUCCGUGUAUGAGAUUAUGUGCAAGAUUCUCAAGGACAGUGACCUGCUGGACCAGCGGAAACACUGCUUCACUGUGCAGUCUGAGUCUGGAGAAGACCUCUACUUCUCCGUGGAGUUGGACUCUGACCUCGCCCAGUGGGAACGAGCCUUCCAAACAGCAACCUUUCUGGAAGUGGAACGGAUACAGUGCAAGACGUAUGCAUGUGUGCUAGAAAGUCAUCUAAUGGGACUCACGAUCGACUUUAGCACAGGAUUUAUCUGCUUUGAUGGUGCAACAAAGGCUGUACUUUGGAGGUAUAAGUUUUCUCAGCUUAAAGGUUCUUCAGAUGAUGGCAAGAGCAAAAUCAAAUUUUUGUUUCAGAAUCCAGAUACUAAGCAGAUUGAAGCAAAGGAGCUGGAAUUUUCAAAUCUGUUCGCUGUUCUCCACUGCAUUCAUUCGUUCUUUGCUGCCAAAGUAGCUUGUUUGGACCCCCUCUUUUUAGGCAAUCAGGCUGCAGCUUCCGCUGCUCCCAGCUCUGCGACAACAAGCAAAGCCAAGUACACAACCUGACACACGGGGCUUCCUUUUGCCAUGUACCGUGACUGUACAAGCCGAAUGAACAUCCUCAUCAUUUUAGACGCUGGAGAAACAAUGGUGUCACCAGGUCGACAGUGAAUUCGAUUUGAAAUUUCAGCAGAAAACAAGAAGGUCCUAAGGGAUCUCAAAAGCAUUUCUGUUUUGGAAGGCAUUUGUGAAUAAUCUUAAAAGAACCUAACAGCUCGUUCUCACUCAGUUUAUUUGUACCAGUAUUUCAUCAAAAGUGAAGACAAAAAAAUGAAUGAUUCAAAGUAUGUACAUAAUAUAAAAAAAUUGUAAGCUACCUAUAAAUAAAAAUACCACUUAAAUGGUUAUUUCUGUAUUUUAGAUUAUUUUGUAUGACAGAUACCUGUCGGGCCAGAUCAUGAACUAAUGCCCUAUCAUUGAAUUAUAAGUAAUAUAAAGGAGGCAGACCAUAUGGCAGCAAAGGAAAAAAAGCAUGCAAAAUUUCAUCAAGGAAGAAAGCACUUUAAUUUGCUGGUGUAAAGUUUUCUGUGUAUUCUCAUUCCGCAACAUGACGCUGGCACUCCGAUUU